AUGGGUGAUUGCAUACCGAAAACGACUCCGUUGUGGAGAGUGACAGGCUACAAGGGGUUUGACUCCCUCAAAUUCAUAGAGGAGCCUGUGCCUGAGCUUGGCGACAGUGAGGUUUUAGUCAAAAUUCGUGCUGCAUCCUUGAAUUUUCGCGACAUCAUCAUCCCUUUGGGGAAAUACCCGUUCACCCAAAAGCCGAAUGUGGUACCGGGAUCAGACGGGGCGGGGACUGUUCUUGCAGUCGGAAAGAAUGUGACUCGGUUUCGGGCUGGGGAUAACGUGGUCACAAUGCUCUACCAGCGGCAUUGGGCUGGGUCCCUCGACGCGGCCGCCGAAGACUCGGCCCUCGGAGGCUCAAUUGACGGCACACUGCGCUCAAUCGGGGCUUUCGAUGAGGGGGGACUUGUCCGAAUGCCCCAAGGUCUUACCUUCCUUGAGGCCGCAACCUUGAGCUGCGCCGGGGUCACUGCCUGGAACGCUCUCUUUGGGCAACCAGGCAGGGAGCUUAUGGCUGGCCAAUGGGUGCUGACCCAAGGUACUGGGGCUGUAAGUGCUUUCGCCCUGCAAUUUGCUAAAGCCAUUGGUGCUAGAGUGAUCGCCAUUACCAGUUCGGACGCAAAAGCCAGGUUCCUUCAAAAGCUUGGUGCCGACCACAUUAUCAACUACCGUGAGGUGCCCAACUGGGGCGAGAGGGCCAAAAGUGUCACAAACGAGAAUGGGGUGGACCUAGUUGUGGAGGUUGUCGGCGCUGCCACCCUGGAGCAGAGCGUGGCCAGUCUCAGACUCGACGGGACCAUGAGUGUGGUUGGAUUUGCGGGUGGCGAGCCUGAGGGAGUGGAAGUUCCGAACUUGUUGAGCGUCUGGCUCAAACACUACACAGCGCGAGGAAUAUCAGUCGGUAGUCGGCUACAGAUGGAAGCCAUGGGACGCGCCGUGGAGGCAAAUAUUGACAGUCUACGGCCUAUCGUCGAUUCGAGAGUGUUCAAAUUGGCAGAGCUCAAAGAGGCGUAUAUGUAUCUACAAUCCGGAGCGAACAUGGGUAAGGUGUGCAUCGAUAUUGACUGA